GCUUUGAGUUUUAAAAAUGGGUGUGUUCACGGAAACGAGUUAUCAGCUACUUAGUGUAUGGCCGGGAAGAGUCAAAUGAGCUCGUGUAUCUCCACUAAGACACUAAAUCGGAUGAAACGCUGAUCGCACCAGGGACGACGACUGCAGAGCUCAGUCCGUGUUAAAGAAGAACGUGUUGGCAGAUCCGCCCCGGGAGUCUGUCCGUGGUAUUUUGGGAUGCGGUUACAUGCCUACGAGUAAAACUGGUACCUCCAGCUUCCCCAUGAUGUGAUGUCAUAAAUUUGCGCAAUUAUGAAGGAAGAAAUGAGCAGAGCGCUCCUGACUUAGAGAUCUGGUCCGGAGAGGGAGCCGCCGGAGACCCGGGAUCCAGGUAGUGAGGGCAGGGAAGACGAGAAGGACUCAGCUCUGAGGGGGGAGUAAGGCUCCAUCAGUAAUGAGUGGUCUGGAAAAGCCUCCAUCGGGAUGGAAUAAGCCCCCGUUGGGCUGGAGUAAGCCUGCCCACUCCCGGAGCAGCAGCACCUCCUCUGCUAAGCAUUCUCGCCAAAAUGUUAAGGACUGGGAGGUGAUGGACGACAGUUACACCGAGAUGACCUUGGGAGGGGACCAUCCACAGGACACCACCAUGCCGGACAUCUGUGAGGACUUUCUGAUGAAGAAGAGGAAGUGGCCCCUCAAGGGCUGGCACAAGAGGUAUUUUGUGUUGGACAAAGGAAUUCUCCGAUACGCCAAAACCAAGCAAGACAUUGCAAAGGGGAAACUGCACGGUUCAUUAGAUGUUAGUCUAGCUGUUAUGUCAAUCAACAAGAAAUCAAAACGCAUAGACUUGGAUGCUGGGCACAGUCUGUAUCACAUAAAGACAAAGAGCUCAGAUAUGUUUGACAUCUGGGUGAAGGAGCUGUGUGCCCAUCGCAUGCACAAGAAGUGUGAGGCAGUGCAUGCACACAAUGGCCUCCUGCAGGCCCUGUCCCAGGGCGGCAAUGUGUUGCCCAGCGUGCUGCCCGGCGUGGCCAGCUUGGCACACAGGAACCGGGGCAUAGCGGAGAUGGCUUCCUACUCACCCUACUAUGGCAACACACCACAUCAUCAGAAUGAAAUGCCCCCCAGGGAUGAGGAGCCGCCCACUCUACCCCCGGGGGUGAACGGCAAGGUCUCUACCUGGUUGCAUCAGAGCCAGCAAGCUAACAGCUGCUACCAAGAACUGACCCGCUGUCAGGCGGACCUGAAUGAACUGGGCCAGCUGGUGCAGAAGCUGUUGUUGAUGGAAGGAAGCAAUCCGCUUUCCAAUGCAGACCUACAGCGAUUUAUAAGCAUUCAGAAUCUGUCUCUAGAGAAGCCCAAGAAGAAACCUGGGAGGAUAUGGGGCCAUUCUCGCACCCUGUCCCAGCCUUUUCGUAUGAUCAACAAGUCGCUGUCCUCCAGCCACUCUGCCAGCCAUCUGGGAGCCUCGGCCCCAUCCAUCCCAGAGUGUGUGGGUUCCCAGGUGACUCCAUUAAGCAGCACCUCCCCUGAAGGCAAGAAGAUCCAGCAGGAUAUCUGCAACGUGUCCCAGAGGGUCCAUGUGUCCCUGAAGGCUGUGCAUGAAGCUCUGGCUCAGGACUGGCAGAGGCUGCAGGAGGCCUGGGCUGCUCCUGACCUCCACCAGUCCACCACCCAGCAGCUGGCGACCCUUUGCACCACCCUAUCGGAGCUGGAGAUGCAGUCCCGUUUGACGAAAGUCCACUCCCUGUCCGUGUCUUCGGACUCAACGGAGGACUCCUUCUGCACUGUCCGGCCAGAUAAGCCUGAGUCGUCCGCAUCCAGCCAGGUGGGCGUUCAGCGUACUCCCUCAUUGGUAUCCACUUACUAUGAUGCCAGUGAUGUUAUGCAGGACAGGCCGUACCCUGAGAACGAGGCGUCUGACGAGUCUGGUCUGAGCGAUGGCGCCUCCACCAACUCCGACCUGGACGACGACUGCGCUCAUUUCACCCCAGUGGUUGGCACCCUGGAGUAUCGUACCAGCAUGGCCCAUGCCCCGGAUCUACCCCGGCCUGUCACCAAAGACACAGGCUACCGCACUGCCCUGCCGGCCCCCUGCCCUGACAACAGUCACAUCGGCCUGAUGACCAUCCUCUACAACAACAUCGGAAAGGACCUUUCCCGCGUGUCCAUGCCCGCGGCCCUCAACGAGCCCCUGUGUCUGCUGCAGAGGCUGUGUGAGGAACUAGAGUACUCUGAGCUUCUGGACGUUGCCAACAGCACCCAGGACCCCUAUCAGAGGAUGGUAUAUAUUGCAGCUUUUGCCAUUUCUGGCUAUGCCACUGCUCGCUAUCGCAACAGGUAUAAACCGUUCAACCCCAUCCUUGGAGAGACCUAUGAGUGUGAACGGGAGGACAAGGGCUUCCGAUAUGUCAGCGAACAGGUCUCCCACCACCCACCGGUCUCUGCCUGCCAUGCUGAAUCUAAGAACUUCUCCUUCUGGCAAGACCAGCGGUGGAAAAACAAGUUCUGGGGUAAAUCCCUGGAGAUCAUGCCAGCAGGAAUGGUGAAUGUCACUCUUCCAAGGUUUGGUGAUCACUAUGAGUGGAACAAGGUGGUCACCUGCAUCCACAAAGUCUUGAGUCAGCAGCGGUUCUUGGAGCAUUAUGGUGAAGUCACUAUCCGCAACCUCAAGAGCGACGUCUGCACCUGCAAGAUUACUUUUGUUAAGGCCCGUUACUGGGGAUCAGACACAAAUAUGAACGAGGUGCAGGGUGUGGUUCUCGAUCAGUCUGGCACCGUCGUCCAUCGUUUUGGAGGGUACUGGCAUGAGGGUAUCUACUGUGACACUCUGUCUACCCCUCAGUGCAUUUGGAAGCCAAACCCUCAGCCAAAAGACCACGUCUUGUACUAUGGGUUCUCCAGUUUUGCCAUGAGGCUAAAUGAGCUGACCCCUGAUCUAAAGCCUUGGCUCAACCCGACUGACACCCGUCUGCGACCUGACCAGAGGCUGCUAGAGGAAGGGAAGGUAAAUGAGUCAGACAAGCUGAAGGACAAGAUAGAGGAGAAGCAGAGGGAACAGCGGAAGAUCCUCGCCAAGAAGGGAGAGGAGCAUAUACCUCGCUUUUUCGAGAAAUCCCUAGAUGCUGCAGGCCGGGAGGUGUGGUUGACCAACGGAACCUACUGGGAAAUCCGAGAGAAUCCGGGAUUUUCUCACACAAAAAAUCCUGAUCUCUGGUUACCCCUUUAGAUGGGACUGCUGCCAUAGAAAAACUAGACAUUUGUUUCACAUAUGAAAAGGCUUUAAUUUUUCCAACGAGCACAUAAGCUGACAGAGAUGCUGGUGUGCUUCGUCAUGAAAUUCAGUUUGCCUUGGAGUGUCCAAUGGGCAGGUUCAUUCAUCUUCUUUUUCAUUCCUCUCCUUCACCUUGAAUUUUCCUUGGGGCCACGGUGACCUUCUCUUACUCCCUCUCUUAUUCCCCGACAGCUAAGCUGAGCUGGAAACUAUUGUAUGCAAACAGGACAGAAAAUGUUACUUCCUAGCAUUUAUUUAUUUAUUUUAAUUUUUUUAAAGAAAAUCAUGUCAUGGAUGCUGUCAUGAUUUUAUUAAAAACCCAAAUCUUUUAUAAUCUUUUUACAGAGCCGUUAAGUAUACUCUUAUGAACGUAAACCAUUGUGUUCAUUUUUAUAACUGCUGAGAUUAAUUGGAUGUGUGAAAAAUGUCUGCUAUAUUUAUAGUUAUGUGCAUACACUUGGAAAACACAGAAUGAUAAUUGAUCUCAUAUAAUAUGCAUUUUUAGUUGUGAGUUUUAUUUUUUAUUCAUGGGUCCUCAUAUAUGUAAGGGCCUUAUAUUCAACUGUACCUGAGAUUUUUUUACAAAUUAACUCGCGAUGGCACAUUUGUUUGUACUUAUCUGUACAUUAGUAGUGAGAUUGAAUUAGGUAUUGGAGCUGCAGACUCUAGAGAAGCAAUGUUAGAUGACAGAGACAUUGAAUUGCAGUGUCAAAUGAGAAGAAUUAGCUUAUAUAAAUGUAAAUACAUAUUGCAAUGAAAACUAUAAUCAUA